UGUAUGCAAAUGAUGUCCUUUGCCGUGUAGCGUUUGGAAGGGAGUUUUCUGAAGGAGAAGAUUAUCAACGACAUGGGUUCCAAAAGAUGGUUGAUGAGUAUCAGGAACUCCUUGGAGGAUUCAGUGUGGAGACUUCUUUCCUUCCUUGGAGUUCAUACACAGCUUGACGGGUAUGAAGUUGAGACUCCAAGACACUUCUCGGAGAUUUGAUCAACUGUUUGAUCAGAUACUAAAUGAACACAUGGGUGCCAAUAAAGAAGAGGAGUAUAAGGACCUUGUUGAUGUUUUACUAGAGGUGCAGAGAAAUGGCUCGGAUGAGAUGCCUCUCACCACUGAUAAUAUCCAGGCAAUCAUCUUGGACAUGUUUGCUGCAGGAACUGAUACAACCUUCAUAACUCUUGAUUGGGCAAUGACAGAGCUACUAAUGAAUCCACAGGCCAUGGAAAAAGCACAAAAGGAAGUACGAAGCAUCUUGGGAGAAAGACGAGUUGUCGCAGAGAGUGAUCUGCAUCAAUUGGAGUACAUGAGAGCUGUUAUCAAAGAGAUAUUUCGGUUGCAUCCUCAAGUUCCAGUAUUAGUCCCAAGAGAAUCCAUGGAAGAUGUUGUGAUAGAGGGGUACAGAAUUCCAGCUAAAACAAGAUUUUUUGUCAAUGCUUGGGCAAUAGGUAGGGACCCAGAAAGUUGGGAGGAUCCUAAUGCAUUUAAGCCAGAGAGGUUUUUAGGGAGUGAUAUUGACUACAGAGGGCAGGAUUUUGAGCUAAUACCAUUUGGAGCAGGUAGAAGAGGUUGUCCAGCUAUUACUUUUGCCACUGCAGUUGUUGAGCUUGCUCUAGCUCAGCUCCUCUACAUUUUCGUUUGGGAGCUUCCUCCUGGUAUUACUGCUAAAGACUUGGACCUCACUGAAGUCUUUGGCAUCUCAAUGCACAGGAGAGAACAUCUUCAUGUGGUUGCUAAGCCAUACUUUCCAUGAAGACUCAUGAUACAGCAAGCAAGCAUAGAAAGGCAUUGAAUUGGACUCAAAUAGUUAGUGUAUGUUUGGAUUACAGUUGAAAAAGUGGAGUUUGUAAACUUAAGUUAAGUUAAAAAUUAGGUUUAAUGUAACUUCAUUUCUGUUUGGAACGUUUUAUAUUCAAAAAGAAAGCAAGAGAAAAGUAGCUUUAGACUCAA